GGCCAGCCGCCAUUUUCAAAUCCCCGGAUGACGGCGGUAGCCGCUCUCUGCUAGAAGGCAGGACUUGCUGCCUCGCAGAAGCUGGCGGGCAUUGUGCCCGCCACGAUCGGUCCCCUGGGCACUGGGCCACCGCCCCACCCGCCCCCCUCUCCGGACAUGGAGCCAGAGCCAGCGGCUCAGAAGCAGCCCCGGCCUCGGAGGAGAAGCCGCAGGGUCUCAAUGCUCAGCGAGGAACCUGCCGCGGGGCUUCCGGCCGACACACCCGGGCCGGCGGCGAACGAGAGAUGCUCCCUUCGGAGAGGCAGCUCCUUCACAUUUUUAACCCCUGGCCCACACUGGGACUUCACUUUGAAAAGAAAACGAAGAGAGAAAGAUGAUGAUGUUGUAAGCCUUAGCAGCCUUGAUUUGAAGGAGCCAAGCAAUAAGAGAGUUCGGCCUCUAGCUCGGGUCACAUCCUUGGCAAACUUAAUCUCUCCCGUAAGAAAUGGAGCAGUCAGGCGCUUCGGUCAGACCAUACAGUCGUUUACCCUUCGUGGUGACCACAGAUCCCCAGCCUCUGCCCAGAAGUCAUUCAGCAGGUCCACCGUCCCCACACCCACCAAGAGAAGAAGCAGUGCACUAUGGUCGGAAAUGCUAGACAUCAAUAUGAAGGAGUCCUUGACCACUCGAGAGAUCAAACGUCAGGAGGCCAUAUAUGAAUUGUCCCGAGGAGAACAGGACUUGAUUGAGGAUCUCAAGCUCGCAAGAAAGGCCUACCAUGACCCCAUGUUAAAGCUGUCCAUCAUGUCAGAAGAGGAACUCACGCACAUAUUUGGAGACUUGGAUGCUUACAUACCUCUGCACGAAGAUCUGUUAGCAAGAAUUGGAGAAGCAACCAAGCCUGAUGGGACUGUGGAGCAGAUUGGUCACAUUCUCGUGAACUGGUUACCAGGCCUGAAUGCCUACAGAGGCUACUGUAGUAACCAGCUGGCGGCCAAGGCUCUUCUGGAUCAGAAGAAACAAGACCCAAGAGUCCAAGACUUCCUCCAGCGCUGUCUGGAGUCUCCUUUCAGUCGAAAACUAGAUCUUUGGAGUUUCCUAGAUAUCCCUCGAAGUCGCCUUGUCAAGUACCCCUUAUUGUUAAAAGAAAUCCUUAGACACACUCCCAAAGACCACCUUGAUGUUCAGCUUCUGGAGGAAGCAAUAUUGAUAAUACAAGGAGUUCUUUCUGAUAUCAACUUGAAGAAAGGCGAAUCUGAGUGUCAGUAUUACAUCAACAAGCUGGAGUACCUGGACGAGAAGCAGAAGGACCCUAGGAUCGAAGCAAGCAAAGUGCUGCUGUGCCAUGGGGAGCUGAAGAAUAAAAGCGGCCAUAAACUGUACAUUUUCCUAUUUCAAGACAUCUUGGUUUUGACUCGGCCUGUCACUCGAAAUGAGCGCCACUUGUACCAGGUUUACCGGCAGCCCAUCCCAGUCCAAGAGCUGGUGCUGGAAGACCUGCAGGACGGGGAUGUGCGCAUGGGUGGCUCCUUCCGAGGGGCCUUCGGCAACUCAGACAAAGCUAAAAAUAUCUUUAGGGUCCGCUUCCAAGACCCUUCUCCAGGCCACUCUCACACACUGCAAGCCAAUGAUGUGUUCCAUAAGCAGCAGUGGUUCAACUGUAUUCGCGCGGCCAUUGCCCCCUUCCAGCGGGCUGCCAGCCCCCUAGAGCUUCAGGGCUUGCCAGACCUCCAUGAAGAGUGUGAAGAGAACAACCCUUCUGCUGGGAAUCUCAGAGCCCAGCGACGGUCAUGCGUGGUUCCUGGUGUCAUGCAGGUAGACGAGGAAAGCGCCCUGGAUUAUGGCUCCAGUGUACAGACAGUGGAAGACACCAGGAACAUGAAGGCACAGCGGCCUCACCCUGGCUUACGAAGAGCAAGGGACAAAGCACAGUCAGGUGGCAAAAAGAAAGAGACUUUGGUAUAAAGUGUGUAUUCCCUGAUGGGGAGCUGUUUAUUUAUAAAUGUGUACAGUUUUUCUUAUAAUGGGAGCAUCAAGGGUUACUCUGUACCAGAAGUAAUAUGUUCUUGGUUUGGGUCUCUCUUUCAUUCUCUCCCUCUCCCUUCCCCCCCGCCCCCAAUCGUCGUCAUGUCAUUGAUGUUGUCCUUGUCGUCAUCGUUGUCAUAGUCAUUGUUGUUAUUAACGGCAGCUAAAGAUACACAGAUUACUGUUAAAUUGGAGACUUUAAAAAGGUAUUUUCAUGGAUUAUUUGGAACAUGCCAACUUGGUGUAUUUUAUCAGAAGAAGUGUGUGUGGAGCCGGUGCUGUCCUCACCUGGGUUCCCCACGACUUUCCAGGACUGAGCAAAUGUCACAGUGUUUGCCAGGCUUAAACGCUUGCAAAUGCUGAGACUCCAUCAGUGUUCUCUGUUAAACCUCAGAGGAAGCACAGAAUUGUAAUAGUGACACCUACAAUCUGCAUGGAACAGAUUUGAGAUUGAAAUCUUUUGUAUUUACAGUGAAGCCCCGCUUCCUUGGAGAACAAGCGUGAAGCUUGAUGUCUUCCCCCUUUGUCUCAACUGGAAUGAACAAACACCCGUGGCAGUCUCACUGCACGGUUCGCCUUCUGCAUUCAUUUAUUCUGCCAACUAUUUAAUUUUUUUUUAUUGUAAAGUAGUUUUUAGUAUUUGCUUUUAUUUUUUUACGUUGAUGCCUUUUUAAAGUGGCAUGUCCUUGAAGUUUUUCCUCCUGUGUGUGUGUGUGUGUGUUUGUGUGUGUGUGAGUCGUUAAUUUUAUCACGUGAAACCAAGCCAUAUUGUUUGAGCCAAUUAAGAAAACUGCAGUUUUUACAGUGUAUCAUGUGGUAAAGUCCCAUGAAAUGACUUAGUGUAUUCUAGACUACUGAAAGGAACCACAGGAAGGGUUGGGAGGAAGUUUUUGUGUUGUCUGAAAAGCAAGAGAGAAGGCAGGAGUCUGGGAUAGGGAAGGGAAGGGAAGAGAAGAGAAGAGUAGCUUGUCUAAAGUAAAUUGUCCGGCUGAACCAGAGGAGGAGCCAGGAGCAGCCUGGCCUGAGGGAUGUAGAAAGUUGUAGAAGGCAGAGGGGAUGUGAACUGUGUUUGCUUUGGUUUCUCAUACCUGCAAAUGCUACAUUUGAAAAGAACUAUACAGUGUGUUGGAAAUUUGACUAUAUUAGGUUAAUUCUGGUUGGUUUUCUUCAUUAAAAAAAAAAAAAAAAACCUCAUGAUUCUUGACUGCAAAAUGUUUGCAUUAAAAAUGGGGUCAUGCUCUUUAAAGUGGGGAGAAGGACAGAGACCCCAUGUCAGCCCAGGGUUAUACUGGCGAUCAGUUCAAGUCAUUGUUAACCAUUAUAUGUGAAAUAUAUCUCCAGUGGAAAUGAAAAUUGGAAAAGGCUGUAAAUAGAUCAAUGAAAUGAUUUCUUUGUAUAAAAGAAUUAUACAAUUAAAAAAAAAAGCACACACAUAAUAACCCAAAA